AGGCUGCGCUGUCACAUGGGCGGCGGCGGCGGUGGCGGCGGCGGCGGGGCCGCAUUUAAGCGGUUGGGGGACGGCGCCCGCCUCCAGCGCGUCCUCUGGCUAGGCUCCCGCCGGGCGCCCGGGGCUCCGCCUGAGGGGGGUCUGUCCGCGCCGCCCCCGCCCCCGCCGGGCCAUGCGAGCGCGGGCACCGCCGAGAUGAGCUCGUCCAUUGCCAAGAGCGAGUCCAAGACGUCGCUGCUGAAGGCGGCGACGGUGGCGGCGGCGGGCGGGGGCAGCCGGGCUCCCCAGCGCUCGGCGGCGGCGGCGGCGGGCGCGGAGCCCCGCCAGGGCCCGGCCCGGGAGCUGGGGCCGCACGGUCGCCGCCCCCUGCGCCCGCAGCCUGGCUGCCCCGGGACGCCGCCGCCGCCGUCACCCGGGGACCCCAGCUCGCGGAGGCCCCUGUGCCGGCCGCGGGAGGAGGGGGCUCGGGGGAGCUGGCCGCGCUCCCCGGCCCCGGGCUGCCGGGAGUCCCCGCCGUUGCCGCCUCCGCAGCCGCUGCCGCCGCAGCCCCUCGGGCGGGAUGGGGAGGAACGGGGGCUGUCCCCUGCGCUCGGCCUCCGGCAGCGCUCCCGGGAGUCCCUGCGGGCGGCCGGAGCCCGGACCGGAGCCGCGGUGCAGGAGGCAGACCCGUUCCUCCACCAACUGCGCCCCAUGCUCAGUUCCGCCUUCGGCCAGGACAGAGAGCUUCGACCAGAGGAGAUUGAAGAACUAAGAGAAGCCUUCAAAGAAUUUGACAAAGACAAGGAUGGCUACAUCAACUGUAGGGACCUGGGCAACUGCAUGAGAACAAUGGGCUACAUGCCUACAGAGAUGGAACUGAUCGAACUCUCUCAGCAAAUCAAUAUGAACUUGGGAGGCCAUGUGGAUUUUGAUGACUUUGUAGAGUUGAUGGGGCCAAAACUUCUGGCAGAAACAGCAGAUAUGAUUGGGGUAAAGGAACUGCGAGAUGCCUUCCGAGAGUUUGACACAAAUGGUGACGGGGAAAUCAGUACCAACGAACUUCGGGAGGCCAUGAGGAAGCUACUAGGCCACCAAGUGGGUCAUCGAGACAUCGAGGAAAUCAUCCGGGAUGUGGAUCUUAAUGGAGAUGGCCGGGUAGAUUUCGAAGAAUUUGUGCGGAUGAUGUCCCGCUGAGGGUCGAGGGACCCACAAGGACUGAUGAGAUCACAGAGAGAGAAAGAAGAGGACGCUAAGAGCACCUCACCCCACCGUUCCUAUGUACAGGACGUCCAGACUGAGCCUGUCCAAGCUCAUGAGAGGUGCCCCAUCCCGGAGCCCCCCACCCUUCUGCACUGUGAAAGACUCACAAUCUCCUGCAACUGGAAGUGGCAGUGCCCAUGGAUGAGGUGGCAGUGCCAAGACAGGUGGAAGCCAUGCAGGGCCCCAGGUGCCACUCGCUCUGUCGUUGCUAUUGGUGGUUGGGCCGGGGGCAUCCUGCCAGCAGAUCCCCCCCAUGUGGCAUGUCUGACCCUAGGCCUAAGCCUCCCACAUCCUCUCCCCAUCCUCCUCGCCCUACCGUAGCUCCCCACGGCCCUAUUACCAAUAAAUAUUUCAGAGACAAGACAGUGGUGGUGUGUGCCCUUGGUGUGUGUGGGGGUAGGUGGGUGGGAGCUGCAGGAUGAGCCCUGGCAGCAUGCCCAGUAUCCCUGUGAUGUGCUCUGUGGUCUGCAUGGAGAGAUGGUGGCUCCUGUUUUAUGGAGACACCCCAUUGAGGCCUGUUCAAGACCCAAGGUUACUGGGGGCAGCUGGGUGACUCAGUAGGCCAGGCCUAGAGACGGGACGUCCUGAGUUCAAACGUGACCUCAGAUACUUCCUAGCUGGGUGACCCUGGGCAAGUCACUUAACCCUCAUUGCCCAGCCCUCGUCACUUGUUGGGUCUGGAGAGCAGACCUAGAGUUUUCAUUAGAGGCCCCAUCCUGACUGGACCUGAGAACCACUGACCCGUAGAACUUUCUAGACUCCGAAGAACGGAGCUAUUUAGCCUCUUCUUUUUAUCCCCUCUCCAGGGCUACUUAGGGGCUGAGGUAAUCCUCAUGUUUGCCAUGUCCCUCUGGAUAAUGGACUCUCGGGAUGGUUUUUGCUUGAAUAAUCCAAUUCCAAGGUUAAGUCCUUGGCUUCCGGCCAUCCUGGGCUGGUAUCCAGGGGGCAGUCCCAGCUCCAGCUCUCCCAGAAGCAGCUGAAUUCAACCUGCUCUGAAAGAGCUUUGACCUGGGUGCCCGAGUCCACACAGCCUAGGGAAAGUGGUGAUCUGUCUUCACGGAAAGACCAAGGUCUCAGCGGUGACUAGUAGUCCAACCCCAGUCUGAACAGGAAUUCCUUCUCCAGCCUCCCUGAGAAAUCAUCAUCUAGCUUCUGCUGGGAGAGGGGGGAAGGGAGAGAGACAGAGAAAGAGGGGGAGAGACAGAGAGAGAGACAGAGAGAGGGAGAGAGGAAGGGGAGAGAGGGAGAGUCAGAGAAAGAGGGAGGGAGGGAGAGAGAGAAGGAGGGAGAGAGGAGAGAGACAGAGAGGGGAGGGAGGGAGAGACUAAAAGAGAGGGAGGGAGAGAGACAUGAGAAGGGAGAGAGAGAAGGAAAUGGUGAGGGAGGGGGAAGAGAAAGGGAGAGGUAGGGAGAGAGGGAGGGAGAGAUGGAGAGAUAAAGAGGGAGAGGGAGAGAGAUGGAGACAAUAGGGGCAUCUAGGUGGCUCAGUAGAUAGAGUGCUAGGGCUGGGUUUAAAUCUAGUCUUAGACACUUUAGCUGUGUGACCUUAGGCAAGUCACUUAACUCCUUUGCCUAACCCUUGCUCUUCUAUCUUAGAGUUGUAACUAAGGCAGAAAAGAAGGUUUUCUUUCUUUCUUUCUUUCUUUCUUUCUUUCUUUCUUUCUUUCUUUCUUUCUUUCUUUCUUUCUUUCUUUCUUUCUUUCUUUCUUUCUUUCUUUCUUUCUUUCUUUCUUUCUUUCUUUCUUUCUUCCUUUCUUCCUUUCUUCCUUUCUUCCUUUCUUCCUUUCUUCCUUUCUUCCUUUCUUCCUUUCUUCCUUUCUUCCUUUCUUCCUUUCUUCCUUUCUUCCUUCCUUCCUUCCUUCCUUCCUUCCUUCCUUCCUUCCUUCCUUCCUUCCUUCCUUCCUUCCUUCCUUCCUUCCUUCCUUUUUUUCUUUAAAGAGAGGAGCAGUGACACAGAGACAGACAGGGAAGAAAGGCAGCAACGAGGAAGAGAAACAGCGAUGAGGGAGAGACAGAGACCAGAGAUAGAGAAAGAAAAUGUAAGACUAGGCAGAGUCCACCAGUCCACCAUCUGCUUGGGUGUUAGGAAUUUUCCUUCCAGGAGACUCAGAGUAAUUGUUACUGAAUUAAGGACUUUUCACCCAAAAUAAACUCCUGAAAGCCAAGAUGAAGGAACCAAAUGGACAUUUUAUUGCCCAGUGCUUAAAAGAAGCUAAUGAUUGUACAGGUGGAACAGGGAGAACUCUGCUGUGUCCACAUAGCCUAGGAAAUUCUGUGACCCUGUUUCCCAGAAUCCCCAAGUCUCCAAGUUAGAAGGGCCUUGGGAGGCUGACUAGCUAGAAUCAAAGUCCCUUCUGCAAGUUCCCUGGUCAGCAGCCAUCCCCUCUCUCUCUGCUCAAAGACCCCCAGGAAGGAAAAGCCUUUUAGCCGAUGAUGAUGGCUGGUCCCAGAGAGACAGAAAGAGGCCCUCUCCUGAAUCUUGCCCCUUGAGCUAGGGAAGUCUUUUAGACUUGCUUAGGUGGCCUUGAGCCAGUUGGCAAGGGAGGGAUGGAGUUGUACGUCCCGUCCAAUCCAUCCCUCGAUGCCAUCUUCCAUGUUUCUGGGAGGAGGUACCUGUUUACAGCCCCCCAGAAAGAUCCUUCUACGGCUCAGCCAGACUGUCCCUUGGGCCUUCUUUGUCAGAAGGCUGAAUCCUUGGCAACCCUCUAGGUUCAGGGCAACUGAAGAAACUUCCCUCCUAGGUAGGUAGGAUCAGAGCACAGGCAUUGGAUGAGACUUUCUGUGCUGGCUCAAAGGAAAGGCCAGCUGGUAGUUUUUUCUCUCUACUCUUUUUGACAACCUUUUUCCUCCUUGACCUUACGUGGGUAGCUAGGUGGUACCAUAGUGCCCAAAGCACUGGACUUGGAAGGCUCAUCUUCCCAAGUUCAAAUCCAGCCUCAGACACUUCCUAGGUGUGUGACCCUGGGCAAAUCACUUUCCUCUGUUUGCCUCAGUUUCCUUAUCUGUAAAAUGAGCUGGAGAAGAAAAUGACAAACCACUCCAGUGUCUCUGCCAAGAAAAUCCCAAAUAGGGUCACAAAGAGUCAGAUACAACAUAAAUGACCGAAUGAUAGCAAAUACCUUAAAUGAUGAACAAAGCAAGGGGGAUAGGGCUCAUGAUGGCUUCUCAGCCAUCUCCAAACCACAUCACCUCUGUAACUCCACUCCAACCUUUGUCCUCAUCUCCUCCCUGCCAGAAACUUGAACCCGGCCCCCGAAACCACCAUGGGCUCUGACAGGUCAGCUGUCACCAGAUUUAGGCCUCCAUCUCACUCCCCUGCCAUCACCAAACCGAAACGCAUGGAGAUGCAUGCACUCGCCACCCACUUUCCAGCUUUCCUUUAUGACUUGUUUUUCCCCAUUAGACUGUGAGCUCCUUGAGAACAGAGACCAGGAGUUUGCUUUUCUCUGUAUCCCUUGGGUUUGGCACACCAUCUGGCAUGUAGCAUUGAAUAAACAAUCUCUCUCUGUGUCUCUA